GUGGCUGCCGUCCCCCAUGUCCACGGAAGCAGUGCUCGUGUCUGCACUGCCUGCUCCGUCGUGGAUCUUGCGCAACCCGCGCGACCCAGCCCGAUUUGCUUGUCGCCCUGUAGCGUUGCUCCCUUGGAUCAUGGGUCGGUUGGGCAGGUAUAAAACCUUUCGCUGCCUGCUGUCCGCUCCCCGCCCAAGCCGUACCAACGUCCUCCUUCGCGGUCUGCAGCCUCAUCUAUUCCAAAGCGCUGUUCCUGGACCCUUCCAAUGGCUCAACUCCGUGCUAAGCAGCCCUCCAAGUGGGAGCAGGCCAAUCUGCUCUCCAAGCUGCUAUGGUUUUGGAUGGACGGCGUCUUCAUGACUGGCAAGAAGCGCCCUCUGUCCUUCGACGAUCUGCAUCUGCUCCCCAAGGAUAUCCGCUCUGCCGAGCUUUAUGCCAAGUUUGAGCGUAUAUGGAGUGAGCAGCAAAAUGCAUACGACCAGCAGCGCCCUUUCCCAUUCAAGACUUUUCCAUGGGUCAAGCCAACAAAGAUCAAGCCGCCGAGCGUCGUCUGGACGCUGCACAAGCUGUUUGGUCGCCGGCUCUAUCCUGUGGGCAUUCUCUGUUGGAUUUGCGACAACUCAAUCCUGAUCAGCCCCUUGGUUCUCCAGGCCCUGGUCAACUUUGUGGUCUCGAGCCAAACAGGCAGUCCUCCCCCAGCCGGGACUGGCGUGCUUCUUGCUUUUGGGAUGUUUCUUGUUCCUAUCUUGACGAGCCUGACCCUCAACUGGUACUUUGCACAAAUCACCGUCACGGGUAUGGCCGCCCGCUCCGUGCUCUCCAGCGCCGUCUUCCACAAGAGUAUGCGUCUCUCUCCGGAGGCUCGUCAGAAAUACGACUCUGGCAAAAUUGCAACAAUCUUGGCCACCGAUGUGGCCCGUGUCGAGCUCUUCUUCAGCUGGUUCCAUGAUCUCUGGUGCAUGCCCGUUAAUAUCCUGACCAACAUCGGCAUCCUGCUCGCUCUUCUCGGCCCAUCGGCUCUAGCCGGUGUCGUCAUUAUUUUCCUGUUGGGUCCGAUCCAGGCCUUCAUCACCACCCUUCGGAUGAGGUAUCGCAAGGAUCUGGUUGAAAUAACCGAUAAACGAGUCAAGCUCACCCAAGAGAUUCUACAAGGCAUUCGCGUUGUCAAAUUCUUCCACUGGGAGCCCACUUUCCUUGAGCGAAUCUUUUCGCAGCGUUCCGCCGAGCUGAAAAAGGUGGCAUCGGUCAACAUGAUCGAAGGGGUCAAUAGCACCAUUGGCUUUGUCGUUCCAGUCACUGCAAGUAUCGUCACAUUCGUUGUGUAUUCCCUGACCACCGAUUCCUUCAACGCUUCGACGAUCUUCUCGGCCUUGUCGCUCUUCAAUGCUCUGCGCAUUCCCGCCUUCAUCUUCCCAAUGAUCUUUUCGUCCUUUGCUGAUGCCAAAGUCGCCAUCGAUCGACUUCAAGAGUUCCUCGAGGCUCCCGAAAUCGAUUUCGAGCCCACUGUAGACAAAGCCAUGGAGCCUUCGGUCUCCAUCGACCGCGGUGAAUUUGUCUGGUGCCCACCUUACGCUGAGCCGGCGACUCCACUGCCCGCCAACAACAAGUCCCGGCUUCGCUUUGCCUUCCCGAAGAAGCAAGCCGUCCCCGCCAAAGCCUUGGAAAGCGAAACUUUUGAUCGAAAGGAUCACGAGCCCGAGAUGGCUGGAGAGCACGCAGACUCUGAAUCCGAUGCCAUUGCGGCCCCUGAGACCCAGGGGCGACUGUCUUCGGUCAAUAUCCAGCUGAAGCGCGGCUCGCUGUGUGCCGUUGUUGGACCGGUUGGGUCAGGCAAAUCCUCCCUGCUCAGUGCUUUGGUUGGAGAUAUGCAAUAUCGCAGCGGCUCGGUCACGUUCUCGGGAUCCGUCGGACUCUGUCCACAGCAAGCCUGGAUCAUGAACGCAACCAUUGAGGAAAACAUUCUGUUUGGCAAGCAGAUGGACCGGGAAAAGUAUGCCCGCUGCGUCCAAGCCUGUGCACUCACGCGGGACUUUGAGAUCCUGCCCGGCGGCGAUCAAACCGAAGUGGGUGAAAAGGGCAUCAAUCUGAGCGGAGGACAAAAGCAGCGGAUCUCGCUUGCCCGACUAGCUUACAGCGACGCCGACAUUGUUUUGCUUGACGACCCGCUCUCAGCCGUCGACGCCCACGUCGGCCGACACAUCUUCGACAACCUCAUUCUUAAGGCGCUCGGCGGCAAGACCCGGGUGCUCGUCACACAUCAGCUCCAUUGUCUGCCGCAGUGCGAUUACAUCAUCAUCAUGCAGCAAGGGCGUAUCGCCGAACAAGGGUCGUUCCAAGAGCUCAUGUCCCAAAGCAGCGUCCUGGCCGGCUUGAUGAAGGAGUACGGCGGCGUUCAUGAGACACCAUCGGAGCAAACCGAGUCCAAGAAGCAGGAAGGAAAAGAACUUGAGAUCGACGACCGUACCGACGAGCCUGAGGAAAAAUCCGGCCGGAAGCUGAUCCAAGAGGAGGAACGCAUGACUGGAGGCAUCGGCCGCAUUGUCCUCAAAAAGUACUUUUCAGCAAUGGGCCAUCCUUACUUCUUUGGCGCCAUCAUUGUCACGCUGAUAUUCACUCAAGGCCUUCGCGUCUCGACCGACUACUGGCUUGUGAUUUGGUCGUCGAUGCUGCUUCCCUCGCUCUCCCAAAAUGGCUACAUUGGGAUAUAUGUCGCCCUGGGGCUAACGGCCUCGGCCGUCACGUUGGUGUACUACUAUCUCUGCGUCAUGGGUGGCGUCCGUGCUGCCCGAACCAUGCACGAAUGGGCCCUUACCCGGGUUUUGAAGUCUCCGAUUUCGUUUUUCGACACCACGCCGUUGGGUCGCAUCGUCAACCGACUUUCGCGCGACCAAGAUAUUGUGGACAACUCCUUGAUCAAGGUAUCGAGCGGCUUCGCCCUCUCUGUCGCCACUCUCCUGUCAACCUUGAUCACAAUUGGCGUCUCGACCCAGGGCUGGCUGAUUCUGGUGAUGGCACCUAUGGCUGGCCUAUAUUACUACAUCCAGAAGCUCUACCGAACGUCCUCGAUUCAGCUCAAACGCAUGGAGAGCAUUUCCAAGAGCCCGCUCUUUGCCCACUUUACCAUGACGCUCUCGGGGAUGACCACCAUCCGGGCCUACAACCAGCAAGACCGUUUCCAAGCCAAGGCUCACACGCUUAUCGACAGCAACAACGAGCCGCAAUUUCUGAUCUUCCAUGGCCAACGAUGGAUGUCGAUCCGCCUCGAUCUGAUUGGAUCGAUCCUGAUCCUUGUCGUGUCUAUCUAUGCCGUUAUAUUCCGAACAACCAUUUCUUCAGCCGUCAUUGGUCUCAUGCUUUCGUACUGCCUGCAAGUCAACAUGCAGCUCAACCAGUGCAUGCGAACAUUCACCGAUCUCGAGAUGCAGCUCAAUGCAGUCGAGCGCCUUGAAUACUAUUCCUCACAACUCGUUAUCGAAGAUGAUGCUGCCACAGUGCAUCCACCAGACAACUGGCCAAGCAACGGCUCGAUCACUUUCGAAGGCGUCGAGAUGAGAUAUCAGCCCGAUAUGCCUCUUGUUCUCAAUGCCGUCAGCAUCGACAUUCUGCCCAGGGCCAAGAUUGGGGUGGUUGGAAGAACCGGAUCGGGCAAGUCGUCGCUCAUGUUUGUGCUCUUCCGGAUGGUGAAUCCGUGUGGAGGACGCAUCUUGAUCGAUGGCAUCGAUAUUUGCCAGCUAUCGCUGCGCGAUCUUCGAUCCCGGAUCACAAUCAUACCCCAGGACCCCAUUCUGUUCUCAGGGUCAAUCCGGACGAAUCUCGACCCGUUCUCGGAGCACAGCGACAGCGACCUAUGGGAUGUCUUGGCUCGUUCCGGCCUGAAAGCUGCCGUUACGGCCAUGGACGGCAAACUUGACGCCACAGUGGCCAGUCUGGGCGAGAACCUCAGCGUCGGACAGCGUCAAUUGAUGUGCCUUGCUCGAGCAAUGCUGCGCCGGCCUCGGGUGAUUAUUCUGGAUGAGUGCACUGCCAAUGUGGACUUUGAAACCGACAAGCUCAUUCAAUCGUCACUCCGAGAAGACUUCCGAGGCUCGACGGUACUCACGAUCGCGCAUCGCCUGAACACCAUCGUCGAUUAUGACAAGAUUCUGGUGCUCGAUACUGGCAACGUGGUCGAAUACGACUCGCCGCGAGUGCUGCUGCAGAACAAGGCUUCUGAGUUUUCCAGGCUGGUCGACGAAACGGGGCAAGCGAACGCAGCGGUACUUCGGUCUAUGGCUGCCAAAGAAGAGUAA